UUAUGAUCUUAUUCAGCUGUUCAGACAGCAGUGAGCACAAGAGAGAAAGAUGAUGGACAGUGAAACUGAACUGCCAUAUAUAUCCAAAAUAAAACUGUGUUCUUGAAGCCAUAUGUAAUGAAAUUCAUCUAAAGGACUGUGAAAUAUAAAUGAACUGAAAGCUGUCUCAAAAGGACUUGAAAUAUCUGUUGAUUAUUGGCAUUGAACUUGAGAGUCAAUAUUAAUCAAAGACAUGUUAAAACUUACUAGGAAAUGUGUCUGUAUAAAGUCAACUCUUUUCCAAAGGAAUUAUUCCAUACAGACAGGAAGAAAGAAGCUUGUGAUUCUGGGAACAGGAUGGGGUGGGUACAGCUUGCUCCGGAAUAUUGAUAAGAAGAUGUACGAUGUGGUGGUGAUAAGUCCCAGGAACUACUUUUUAUUUACACCAUUAUUGGCUAGUACAACUGUUGGAACCUUAGAAUUCAGGUCUAUCAUAGAACCAGUGAGGAAUACACAUUUCCGUCAGACGGGAGACUUCCAUUUGUCAUAUGCUUCCAAAUUAGACAUGAAGAAUAAAGUUCUCCAUUGUGAGAGUGUACUACAGCCAGGACUUGGGUAUACAAUUAAUUACGACAAUCUGGUGAUUGCAGUCGGGGCUCGGAGCAACACAUUUAAUGUUCCAGGAGUGGAGAAGCAUGCUUUUUUCCUCAAGGAUAUACCUCAUGCAAGGAAAAUAAGAAAUAGAAUCAUAAACAACAUAGAGUUGUCACUUCACCCAGGGUUAGAUGAAAGUGAUAGGAAGCGGCUACUGAAUUUUGUGAUUGUUGGAGGUGGACCUACAGGGGUGGAGUUUGGUGCUGAACUAUAUGACUGGAUUCAACAGGAUGUAGCCCGAGUCUAUCACCAGAGGAAGGACCAGGUCCACGUCACCUUGAUAGAAUCCAAUCAGAUUCUGUCUUCAUUUGAUGAACGUCUCAGGAAUUACGCUGAAAAGAAAAUUAAAGAAAGAGAUCGAUUUAAGCUUGUCAAAUCAUCUGUCACAGAGGUUACAUCAAACUGUGUUAAGUUAAGUAAUGGUGAGGACUUACCAUGUGGUCUAGUGGUGUGGAGCACUGGUUUAUCACCGACAUGGUUUGUCAAAUCACUGGAUGUAGAGAAAAACAGAAGUGGACAGAUUCUGACUGAUAAAAGUUUGCAUGUGAUAGGAGACCCUAACUACAGUGUGUUUGCUAUGGGUGAUUGUGCAGACAUAAAAGACAACUCACUUCCUUGCAUAGCACAGGUUGCUGAGAAACAAGGCGAAUAUAUAGCAAAAUAUCUGUGUGGAAAGAUAGACAAGGGCAAGGACUUUACGUUUCAGAGUGCGGGAAUGUUGGCUUACAUAGGGCGUUACCAAGGGGUUUCCGAUAUUCCAAACCUGAAGAUGCAGGGUGUGACCUCUUGGUUCCUUUGGAGAUCAGCAUACCUGACUAAGCUGGGGAGUUGGAGGCUAAGAAUGCAGGUUCCCAUGGAUUGGACCAAGGCUCUCCUGUUUGGAAGGGAUGUCUCAAGAUUUGACUGAGGAAAUGUCAUUUAUUCUGACUUUAUUGGAGUUAGACUUUUUUUUAUUGAGCAAGAUG